CUCUGCGUAGCGCGUCGUUGUUUGUGUGGUGGCGCCCUUUUCUGGUGACCAAGAACCGUGAAUCGUGCGCGAAUGCCACUACCAGCAUAAGCGGGCAAAUGGAUGUGUUUUAUUUAAGAAGCUCGAAUUAACGAUGUUUAUCAAUGUGCUUUUGUGAUAGCGCCUCGUGCGAUUGUGUUUCUUUCGCUGUAGUAGUGAAACCUGCGCUCGCUUUUGGAUUGGGCCAGAAAAAUAACCUCACUUUUUCCGCGUUGACGAUUGUUGCGCUCUUGCGACUCGAUACGACGUUGAAAUUAUUGUUCGCAUCGCACGGAAACUGCUUUUCGCUAGAGAAGGUGCUUUAUCGGUGCAAGUGUUCGUAAAUUUGUGAAGUUUCGUAUCGAACAAAGUGGCUUGUAGGCAAUCCAAAGCCUGUUGUGUUUCGGGCGCGUGUAUCAGACUGUUAAGUGGUCACGCAAGUGUGACCUGUUUCGGUGUCAAGAAGCGGGUGCUUCUGCCCCCCGGCCGCAAUACUAAACGGCUCCACACCAGGUUUAUCGAGAAAAAAAGGAAAGGCUAUGGAUCCACAAAGCUUGCAUCAGCGAGAGGCUCUUGCCGGCGGAAUGCUGGAGCAACAGCAAGAGGAGUUGGAGGAAGACGAGGAUGAGGCCCUGGUGGCUAACGAGCAUUCGCACGGCGAAAAACGCAAACACGGGGAGAUGAUGGAUUCCGAGAGCGAGGAGGACGACUUCGCUGGAUUCGACGAAGACGCGGACAGCGAAAAUGGACACUUAGGUUCUCCGCCAUCAAACUCCUUGUCGGACGCGUUUUGGACAGCGAUGGACAAGAAAAUGCAGGAAGCCGAAAACACAGAAGAAGAUGCCACCGACCUACUCGAUGAGCAAAAUACUUCCAAACAGGACGACAUGGAUACCGCAAAUCAAUCUGUCAUGGAUGCGUCGAAACUUAUGAUAGGAAAGAAAAAACCGAACGUACAAGUGAACGUGCACGAUGCAAUCUAUAAAGUACCUUUUAAAUAUGGCUGGAAGCGAGAACUGGUCUACCGAGCUAAUAAGGACGGCAGCAGCAAGGACAAAGGCGAAGUUUAUUAUAUUACUCCAACAGGCAAAAAAUUACGUACUCGCCAUUGUAUUGUGGCUGCUUUGCACGAUGAUCUGACGUUGGAUAACUUUACGUUCACUAAAGAACCGGUCGGUGGCAAUCCGGACGAGGAGACCAUUCGAAGCGCAAAAUCGUACACAAAUGUACCGAAACGUUCUGUUUUCGGAUCGCAAACUGCACCUGGAUUAGACGCUUCGCCAGAUUUGGGUAAACGGGUUCCGAAACCCAAAAUGCCAAAAGGAGCCAGUCCAACACCACCGUCGACGUACUCUAAGGGCGUUAAUGUACUGUCGUCCAGAGUGUCGCCAAAAAGCAAUUCAACAAGUGGCGGUGGCGGAGUAGCAGGAACUGGAAGUGGCGCAGUAACGACCGGAGGGUCACGAAACAACUAUUUGGCACUAGGAGGAGUUACGAAACCGCAUGAACAUGCGAUGCAAUCAAAAUCGAGGGCGCAGUUGUGCACGAUAACGUGCAUACCGGCGAUGGGAAUGAUACCGCAGCUGCAAUGUAUGGUAUGCUUCAGUAUGUUCCACCCGGAAUGCGUCUCCGCAAGUCUGGCAGAAACACUCUCUCGCCGAUUUACCUGCAGGAGUUGCACGGAAGGGUCGGCUACCGCACCGGUACAACACACACAAGCUUACAAGGAAUCGUACGGCAAGUUUGGCACCACUGCCCAUGGCAGUAUUGCCCCAAACGCAACCAACAUUCUUGGCAUUCCCUUAAGCGCAGCCAGCAAUGGCGCGACGUUGACAUCACAUGGUACAGCUCCGAAGGCAAAAACGAAACGGUCUCAGCAGCAUCAGGAACAGCAGUCCGGCCUUGCCAAACUUUCCAUCAAACAAGCUCCAGCCGUUGUGUCAGUUCCAACGAUGCCCGAGAAGGAUAUUCCGCCACAAGACGUGGUCGUGAUUGGUAGCAAUGAAUACGUUGUGGUGCCGAAAGGGAAAGUAACGAAUGCGAAGGUCAAGAAACUAUCUAAACCAGCGAACCAGCCUCACCCGAAUCCUCGAAAUUCGGACGAUGCUCGGAAGGCAGGCACCAGCACAACAACGGGCAUUGUGAGCCACAAACAUACUAACAACAUCAACGAGCGCUUAUCAGGAGACAGAGAACCGUCGGCGGUUUCGAUGAGUGGUAGCGCGGGCACCACCAACGGUCGCAGUUCGGCUCGAGAUCCGUCCAACUUUUUGUCCGAAGUGUCGGCAGGCUAUCAUGCUUUAAUGCAAAUAUUCGAUUACCUGAAUGUUCAAGAGCUCCUUCGUGCCUGCAGUGUGUGCCGCAUGUGGAACCAUGUUGGAAAUCAUCAGCGCUUCUGGCGAACGGUGCGCAUGAAAAACUCUUACGUCAAGGAUUGGGCCGGAAUGAUUGCCAAGUUGCGCCAGAACGGCACUCAGCAUCUCGAUCUGCGCAAGGUUCUGACUGCGGGCACCAACGAUGAAAUGUGGCAAAGCAUUAGCGAGCACAUUGGCCAAGCGAAGAAGAUAGAAAAGAUCGACAUGUGUCGCUGUUCUUCCACGGUGGUUGGAAACCUGUUGCGCUCCAAUCCCAAUCUGCGCGUCGUCAACGCACUCGCCAUCAAGAACGAUCCGAUUGAUUUCGUAAACUUUCAGUACGGUAAAAAUUUGGAAGAACUGCGCCUACGGUCUUCCGUCGCCGUCUCGGUGGACGGUGAUUUACAUCAGCUGGGAGCGCUGCGAAAUUUGAAGCAUUUGUCUCUGAUGUCGAUUGCCAAGCUGGGCUCCACGUCAAUCGAAGCGUUAGGAUCGUUGGUUUUGCUGGAGUCCCUCGAGCUAGGGGAAUGCACAGAGAUUGGCUCCAAUCUAGCGACCAUCCUGCCCAAACUGAGCCUGCUGAAGCAUCUACGAUUAGAAAAGGGCCAGGAAAACUUCGACAUGUUCAUCGUGCUGGAAGGCAUCUCGAAGAUGUCUUCGUUGGAGCAGCUGGACUUAAUCAAUUGCGAUGUCAAGCUGGGCUUCGAUAAGCAUAUCGUUAACUGUAAGAAUUUGUCGAAACUUUUGCUCAUCCCCACGUACGUCUCGCAAUCGGCUGCCACGAAUCAGAUGAUCGUAAAGGGGAUCAUGAAUAUGCACUCCACGUUGAAGGCGGUUGUGUGGGUCAUCACGGAGGAACUGCUGCGCGUCACCGAGCUGUACAUCGAUACGAAUGUGGACGAUGGAGGCGUUUCGAAUAAUUUGGGUGAAACAAUUCCCAUCCUUAAGCCAGUGCCGGGAAGUGACGAACCGGCAAGCGUCGUCCAUCAGGCGGAUGUACCAGACAAGGUGGAGAUUGUACCACUGACAAAGCUGGAGAGCAUCUUGGAACGAAGGGUACCCAACACAAAGGUACAAAUCAGGAAAGUGGCUUUCGCCAACACAUGGAGGCAAACGAUGGCAGACGUGCUGUAAAUGUGUAAGCUUGCGACUAAGUAGUUGUGUAAGUAACAGCGAAACGAAUCGUUUAUUUCAUUUACGAGCUAAAGUAUGAGCUGAGAAAGGAACACGUGUAAAUAGUGUAUGGAAUAAAAAAAAAGUUCAAUACGAUUCGCUAAAGAAUGUUUAUUUCGUAACUCAACUUAUCUUUGUCCUAAUUUUUACUUUUUACUAUUUUUGUUCCAACCACAAAAAGUAUGUGUUCUGCAGAAAUAAAAUUCUUACACUUUCUUACAAGAAAACUUUUCUUGAACGUUUUGAACUAAAUCUGUUUAAGAUUUCAACCUAAACCAAUUAGUUCG